UCUACCAGAGUACCAGGACAGGAGUCCCAAUUAAUUUUGGGAAGUAACGCCCGCCAUUGAAGUGCUUGUAAAAACAAAACUUGUGAUUUCCCACCUUCAGCUUCCCCUACCUUUUCCACUCUCUCUCCUCAUCUUUGAGAGAGAAGAUGAGCGCGAACUGGGAUGAGUGGGUUGAAGCAGCGCUUUCCAAGUUAGAAUCUUUGAAACUGUUACGUUCUCUUAGACCCAUCAAUGUCUCCAACAAUUCCUCCAAUUUUGAUGGCCAUGCAUACCAUGUGUUCGACAGUUUGCGCCAAUGGGAUCGAACUUCUGUAGAAGUCACGAUUUCUGAUUCAACUUUCCGAAAUUGGCUCAAUGAUAUUCCUAGUUGCGGAGCUAUUGAAGUGCCUAAAGGUGAAGAGGGUAAUGUAGUAGGAAAAUCAUGCUCUCGCAGUGGCAAAAAGCUACUGCUGUUCUCUGGAAAUGAUUAUUUGGGCUUGAGUGCACAUCCCACGAUUAGAAUGGCUGCUGCUAAGGCAGCUCAAGAGCACGGGAUGGGUCCAAGAGGCUCUGCCUUGAUAUGUGGUUACACAGAUUAUCAUGGGCAUUUGGAGGCAAGUUUAGCAGAGUUGAAGAAGAAAGAGGAUUGUCUCCUUUGUCCUACUGGUUUUGCUGCGAAUAUGGCCUUCAUUGUUGCAGUAGGAAGCAUUGCCUCUCUAUCGGCUUCUGGCAGAAUACCUGCUAGAGCAGAAAAAGUUGCUGUCUUCUCUGAUGCCCUUAAUCAUGCAUCAAUCAUUGAUGGCCUCCGCCUUGGUGAACGACUACAUUGUAUAGAGACGUUUGUCUACCGACAUUGUGAUAUGUCCCAUCUUGAUGCACUUCUAUCAGAUUGUACAAUUUCUAAAAAGGUGGUUGUGACAGAUAGCUUGUUUAGCAUGGAUGGAGAUUUCGCACCAAUGACUGAGCUAGCAAAACUUCGUAAGAAGCAUAGUUUUUUAUUGGUUAUUGAUGAUGCUCAUGGAACAUUUACUUGUGGCGAAGGUGGUGGGGGAGUGGCUCAAGAGUUUGAUUGUGAAAGUGAUGUUGAUAUAUGUAUUGGCACUUUAAGUAAGGCAGCAGGUUGCACUGGAGGUUUCAUAGCAUGCAGCAAAAGGUGGAAACAACUUGUUAUGUCCAGGGGUCGAUCUUUUAUAUUUUCCACUGCUAUGCCUAUACCAAUGGCAGCCGCUGCCCAUGCUGCCACUUUUGUUGCUGAAAAAGAAGGCUGGCGUAGAAAAGCAAUCCAAGAACGGGUGCAAGACUUCCGAGAUCUCACCGGAAUCCCAAUAACAAGUCAUAUAGUCUCUAUUAUAGUGGGAAGUGAAGAGAAGUCCUUGCUAGCCAGUCGGCAUAUGCUGAAAUCUGGGUUCCAUGUUACUGCAAUUAGACCACCAACUGUCCCUCCUAAUUCAUGCAGACUGAGAAUAACUUUGAGCGCUGCACAUACAAGGAAGGAUGUAAAGAAGCUUGCUGAUGCGUUGUCCCGUUGCAUAAACUUUCAAGAUAUUGAUGUUGAAAAUACAGAAUUACUGGCAAAGCUCUAGAAUUUUGCCUUCUUUUAGAAUCUAGAAUCAAUUGGUUCUUACUUGAUUACAAUUUUACUGAGUAGAAUUUAGAUCAUGCUAGGUUUGGUCCUUGAUAAUCUUUGAUGGACAACUUCGGUUGCAAUGUAUUUUAGGGAGAAUUGUGAUAUGGGUUAGUCAUUCUACUCACUAGUUUUUAGCCCAUGCGAUGCACUGAGUUGCAUAUUUUUUUUACUAUUAUAUUCAUAUAGAUUUGAUAUUCAAAAGCCAAUUUAUCUAAUAAAUUACUUGUUAUAUUAUUCAA